UUGCCGCCAAAAUAUUACGCAAAAUCUCGUUUCAAUUUCGCGUUGUUCGUGAUUUGUUCGUAAUGAGAUCGAGUAUGAUUCUGAAAUUAGUUUUACUGGGGGCGACCCUGUGCGCGGCCGGCAAGGACGACAAAAAAUGGGUUUGGGACGAAAGCGGCCGAAACGCCAGGAGCUACGCAGACGAUUCCUCUAGAAACCCAGGUUCUAGGUACAACGUCUACGAAGAACUGCAGGAAACUCGUCCGUCAGGAAACCUCUACUACCCAGGCGGAGCGACUCAGACUGCCUUCCAGCAAAAUCCCUACCCAACUGUCCCCGUUUACCAAUCGAGCGGACCACCAUCACCAAUGACGACGUUCCUACCACAACAAGGCUACAGACCUGGUGGAGUUUACGCUACUGGCAAUCCCCAGCCGCAUUAUGGGGGCGUCUACUACCCGCAGCAGCCAAAUAACCCGGGAGUACUAACCGGACCGGUACCGUCGUGGGUCAAAGAGGGGCCCAUCAAAAAUUUUGACAAGUGCAAGUGCACCGAAAGAUUCAACUGCAACUCCCCCGGGAUAUCAUACGGUCACUGCGACGUCGGUAAGCAGUACUGCUGUUACUCCACGAAAAAAGACUUCGGAGGUCCGUUGCCGAGCAAACCGGUACACUCGAUAGAGAAUGGCAUAUUGGUGGGACCUGGGGGACCGAUCGACACCGUUCCACCCAUCACGGCGUAUCCGAGGCCACCAAAACAGAUCGGGGACUUUGCUAGACCUAGUACCGUUUUCCCGCAGCGUCCGUUGGGCGGGAACCACUACGGGAGACCUGCUGGGGUCGGCUUUGGAGUUUCAGGGCAAAACGAAUAUUCGGCUCAGAACGGUGUGUUGGUAGGCCCUGGCGGACCAUUCGACAGGCCCAACGGAAACCUGGAUAAUUUUGGAUUGGCCAGAGCCACGCAGGCCAAAAAAGUUUAACAUUUUUGAUUAUCGCAUCAAGUUAUCAGGGACCAAAAACAUUUUUAUACAAGACUGUUUUCGUUUGGCUUCUUCUAAGCAAGAGCGAAAUAUUUUAGGUUAGAUUUUAAGUCACAAGUGUUACGAGGUGUUAUUAGUAUCUGAGAAUUGAAAUUGGAAACAGAGAGCCAUCAUAAGAUUUUUUCUUUAUAAAAAAGUGUUUCCUAUGUACCCUUACCUACAAAUAUAAAAUUUCAAAUAAAG